GCUUUGGGGUGACAACUGGAACGGCUGGUAUGCAGAUUUCUUCCAGCCCAGCCUCAGCCUGUUGUCAGCCGCUCCGUGGAUUUUUCUUCGGGGCAACCACGAGCGGUGUGGGCGGGGUGGCAAUGGCUUUUUUCUGCUGCUCGACCCCCGGCCCUAUCCGGAGAUGAUUGGUGGGGAGUAUUGCCAGGACUACACGGAUCCCUAUGCCAUUACUUUUGCCGACGCGCAGUUUGUUAUCCUGGACACUGCCAUGGUUGAUGAUGUCAAAACAGAUGACAAGUGUCCCGAAAGUCCCACAGGAAACAUCGGGACGUUGAACCGUUUGGAUGAUCCGAAUCAGAGUCUGACAAAGGCUGAGAUUCUGGAGCAGGUGAAGAUCUACCGCCGUCAUUUUGAGGAGUCGGAGAAGCUGAGGACGCCGGGGAGGACACACUUCUUAAUCAGCCACCAUCCCAUCUUUGGCUUCGUUUGCCACCAGGGCAAGUUCUUCGCCAUUGAGUGGACAUUGCAGCAGGCGCUCAGCAACAACACCUACAAGGAUAUCUCCGCCUCCAUCCAUGGCCAUGUCCACAUGUUCCAAGCCUUCAAAGUCGAUGGAUUGCCGUUGCAUCUGAUCGUGGGCAACGGCGGAAGCAGACUGCAGCCGUAUCUCGGCAAGUCUCACGGGCCGGUAGGCUUGGACCUGGUGCUGCCGCCGCCUUUUGAGGGUGCCCGGCUUGCGACCUCCGCAUACUGCAACAGCACCUUUGGGUACAACCUGAUGGAUGCAGACCUCAAUGACGGCUUCUCCUUCAAGGCCCUGCGCCUGGAAGGACCAAGACGUGCCGAGAAGCGGGGAGGCCGUUUGGAUGCCGAGGAGCUGAUGUGGAACACCACCAUUCCGUCCCUGGCUGCGCUCAGCAAAUCCCGGUCUCUUCGGGCACUCGACGCGCCAAUCCUGAUCUGA